AUGGCGGACUCGUUCUACCCGCCGCGCCAUCUCUACUAUGACGGCCAGGUCCAGGUAGGUUCUGGAGGUAUUUUCAGAUCCAUCGAUCCAUCGACCGCACAGCCACUGGCAGAUAUCCAUGCUGCCUCCCACUCCGACAUUGACUCAGCCAUUCAAUCAGGUCAACGAGCUUUUCAUGGUUGGUCAACAACGCCCCCAAUUGUUCGAUCUCGCAUCCUCCUGAAGGCAGUCCAGCUUCUACGAGAUAGAAACGAUGAGAUUGCGAGGACAGAGACACAAGACACAGGGAAGCCGUUCUCCGAGACAAGCACAGUUGAUGUGGUGACGGGAGCGGAUGUGCUCGAGUUCUUCGCCAACCUAGUGGGAGGAGGUGGGCUUAAUGGGGAGACGACGCAGUUGAGGGAAGACGCAUGGGUCUAUACGAAGAAAGAGGCUCUGGGUGUAUGCGCGGGCAUAGGAGCAUGGAAUUACCCCAUACAAAUAGCGCUCUGGAAGUCAGCACCUUGUCUUGCCGCGGGCAACACUAUGGUCUACAAGCCCAGCGAAGUCACGCCGCUACACGGUCAAAUAUUGGCCGAGAUCUACACGGAAGCAGGACUACCACCGGGGGUCUUCAAUGUUGUUCAAGGCGGUGGGGACGUCGGCGCGUAUCUUACGUCGCAUGUUGGAAUCGCCAAGCUGUCUUUCACUGGACAAGUCUCAACAGGCAAAAAGGUUGCUAGCAGCGCAGCAGCAGGAAUGAAAUACACGACCAUGGAGCUUGGUGGGAAGAGCCCAGUCAUCAUAUUAUCAGACGUGGAUCUAGAACAAGCCGUGAAUGGAGCUAUGAUGGCCAAUUUCUUCAGCACUGGCCAGGUCUGCACGAAUGGCACAAGGGUAUUUAUUCCCAAAGACAUGAAGCAAGCCUUUGAGGAGAUGCUACUGGAAAAGAUGAAAUACAUCCGAGCUGGCAAUCUCAUGGACGUGAACACUAACUUCGGCCCCCUGGUCUCCGAGCUGCAUUACGAAAAAGUCAUUGGGUACAUUAAGUACGGACUCGAAAAGGAUAGAGCGACCUUGCUCUGUGGAGGCCCUGACCAACCGAAAGACAUCCCUGGAUUGGAAGGUGGCUAUUGGGUUAGACCGACAGUGUUCACCGACUGCACAGAUUCGAUGAGGAUUGUGCAGGAGGAGAUAUUCGGGCCCGUGAUGACCCUGUUGACGUACGAGUCCGUGGAAGAAGCCGUUGAAAGAGCGAAUGCUACACCUCUCGGUCUUGCCGCAGGCGUCUUUACGAAGGACCUCAACAUGGCGCAUAAGGUCGUAGCUCAGCUUGAGGCUGGCAUCACUUGGGUCAAUACCUGGGGCGAAAGUCCUGCCGAGAUGAGCGUGGGUGGGUGGAAGCAAAGUGGUGUUGGAGUUGAGAACGGAAAAAGGGGCCUAGAGGCUUGGGUGAGGAAUAAGAGUACGCUGGUUGAUAUGAGUGGGACUGUGCCUACAGUUUUCUCCAAGCUAUAA